GGAGCAUUGGGGCAGUUCCUAGCCAGUCCUACAGACUUAGUGAAGAUUCAGAUGCAAAUGGAAGGAAGGAGGAGACUAGAAGGAAAACCACCAAGAGUAAGAGGAUCUUGGCAUGCAUUCACAAAGAUCUUACAUGAAGGAGGUAUCAGAGGGUUAUGGAAGGGAUGGUCCCCCAAUAUACAAAGGGCAUUCCUAAUCAAUGCAGCAGAUCUGGCAACAUAUGAUACAUCUAAACAGCUUCUAGUGCAAUAUACACGUCUGACCUCAGACAACACAUUCACUCAUUUUAUAUCCAGUGCUCUCUCAGGUAUCACUUCAGCCCUUGCUGCUGCUCCUUCAGAUGUGCUGAAAACAAGAAUUAUGAACCAACCGACUGAUAAAAAUGGCAGGGGCCUGUUGUAUAAAUCUUCUCUUGACUGCUUACUGAAGACAGUAAGAAAUGAAGGUUUCCUGGCACUCUACAAAGGCUUCUUACCAAGUUAUGCUAGAUUGGCACCUUGGUACCUGAUAUUCUGGACGACCUAUGAAAAGGUACGCUACUUUGCUGGUGCGACUGCUUUUUAACUGAUCGAAUUAAAUGAAUGCACAAAAACUAGAACUACCACAAGAGAUUCAAUUAACAUUGGCGAAAACUAUUAUACCGGAAUGAGUGUGGAUGCACCAGUAAGACUUUUACAGGACAUUAAAAUGGCGAUCUAGGUGACAUUGAGUCCAUUUACAUGAUAUUUUACAAUAUAUGCAAACAUUUCCAAUUCUUCUGUACUACUCGUUUGAAACUUGUGUUCUAGCAAGGAUCUAUGAUAUAUAAGAGAUCAGGGGUCUACAGAAAUAUCUUAGUGCAAUAGCCAUCACAGAAUAAGUCAUGAAUCAAGUCUGAAGUGUAUUCAUAAUUUUACGACUUGGCCAGAGUUUCAAACUGCUGAUAGUUGCUUUUUAUAAAUCUAUACAAUAUAGAUAGCCAAGUUUAGAGUUAAGUUUAAAUUAUGCCUGUUAUUUUCGAACAAAUCACUUUAUUUUGCAUAUUUUAUGUUUGAAAUUCAUUUAUCAUCUUCAUAUUUGUUCAUUUGUUAACUGAUUUUUAUUACAGUGUUGUAUACAUUCUGAACAAAGUAAUUUUCUAUGCAAUUUUGUAUACACGAUCUCACAGAAGCAUCCCUUUAUAGAUUUUUCUUUAUAGAAGUUUCUCAAAUAAAGAUAAAAAUGUUCAUAAACUUCCAUUUGUGGAUAGAGUGUUCAAUGUGUUAAACAGAGCUAUAAACAUGUACAAUACAUAUCAAGGACUGCAUUGAAUUGUUCAAAAACUUUCUAAAACAUAAUUUUCUAAUUUUUGCUUACAUUUGUCAAAUGUCUACCCUUUCCUCUACACAUUUAUAGAUGGAGGAUUGAUUUUUGGAAUUGUCUUGUAUGAAAGUGUAGAACUGAUUAUAGUAUACAUAAGAUUACAUAUGUUCUAGUAUAAGUCAUUUAUCAUCACUACAAAAUAACCCAAAUUCUAAAUUCUAAAUUUUCAUUAGCAUUUGAUUAUGCAGUAUAUGGUUUUAGACAUUGCAUUUUAAAUGUUUACAAAGCAAUGUAU